AUGGGAAACGUCGGGAGCUCUGCCAGGCAACGCAGGAGAACAGCCGCCGGUAUUCUUGCUGGCAGCCACGAGUCCCAGGCUACUGUUUGUGGUUCGCUGUUCGCGGCUUGCCUCGGACUCGAGACACGUAGUUCGUUGGGCCACUCGCCUGGACAAGAAUGCGGGGCCGGCUCCUCUACACCCAGAUUUGCAGACGGCACAAAGAUUGAGCGGCGUCUUGUUGGCAAGUUCACCUCGCCUACGGGCCUUUACUCUCGGGAGCUAUGGGACGAGCGGAAGGUCCGGCGGCUGAUCUUGCACAAUCGCUUAGCACCACGUUUCCCGGGUGCAGAGUUCCCUGUUCGAGUGGUCGUAGAAGACGGAGUCAAGCGCAUCAAUAUGGAGGGUAAGGGUCUAUGUCCUGAAUAUAUUCAACACGAAAUGGUUAGUGCGCUGGAAGAGUGCCCGAUAUGCUUCUUGUACUACCCGUGCUUGAACACAACACUCUGCUGCCACAGGGGAAUAUGUACGGAAUGUUUCCUUCAGCUUCGCCCACAGCGAGUCGUUGCCCACACGACAACGUCGUCGUGUCCGUUCUGCAAGCACGAGCUGAUGGAGAUCGUUUUCCAUGGUGCACGAUCGGAGAAGGAAAUGGAUCAGCUUUACGAAGAAGAGAGUCGCGUAAGAGAAGCAAUGGAACAGGCACGGGCUCGCCAGGAAGCCGAAGCAGCGGAACGGAGGCUGGAGCUCAGGAGAAUGCGAGUAGAGCACUGUAUAUCAACGCUGCGGGCCGUUGUGGCUGCCGCAGUCCAUGAACGAUUCGCACAAUGGCUCAAUUUCGGUGGCGAUUCUUUGCAUGAAGCGAGCCGUCCGCAAUCAGACGCAGAUUGGAGAGCGUCUCUUCCAGAACCACCGGAAGACUUGCAAGACUUUAUGAACAUAUCGACUGCGCGGAAAAAAAUAUGUACAUCUUUGCGUCGAACAAAAUCCAGCCCGGUUAUAACGAGUCGGACGGGUAUUUCGGAUCAUAUAGAACACUCCUAUGAGCGCCAUCUAGCACUUGCGCAAGCUCACGGAUGGCGAGGAAAGGACCCCCUGCACAAUCGGACUGGAACGUUCAAAUCUGAACAGCCGCGAGGUGAACCUAAUAGCGAGACCCAACCAGCUACAUGCAACCAUUCUGAACUGCAAAUUCUUCCCCUGGAAACGGUACCGAACCAGUACACGAGUUCGCGACGACCUUCGCUGUCUUCUCCAGGGGUCUACGCUUCCUCUUCUCUUAAUACGGUACCUGAUUCGUCUCGUGCCCAAGAUUCCGACGUGCUUACGCAGCAGAUGAGGCGUUUCGCUCCGGAUGCUUCACCUGGGCAAGUCGCGAUCAGCACUGAUCCAGAAAGAUGGAACUACAAACGUCGAAGAUCAGCACGUUGCGUGAGCGUCUCCUCGAGCGCGGAACUUCUUUUGACUGUGAAUUUGAUGUGCCACAAUACCUCCGAAUCCGGUGCAACAGGAAGGAAUCGCAGAAAUGAACAGAGCGAUACGUGCGAGCUUCCCGCCAGUGCGUUUUUGCGUCGAUGGACUGGAUCCAGCCGAGACCUCUACUUUGCCUGGGAACAAGAGGAACUUGCUCUUCUGCAUGAUAUGGAGGCCAGAGGGCUCUUGGACUGGGCCGAGGAAACUGACAUUACUUAUGAGGAGCUGCUGCUAAUUGAAGCAAUCCGUAGAAGUCUCCUGGGGAACACGUAA